AUGGCGACAAUUCAUGGCGUCAUGGGCAAACCACGUAAAAUAGGCGCGGCAGUCAAAGUGUUAAUAGAAAUGUGUAAUCUAGGAUUACCUCUAACAAAAUCUAUAGAUUUGGUAACUACAGUUACAGAAAAUUUAAAAAUUAUACCCGGUGAUUAUGGAGAAAAAGUUAUAGAUAAAAUGGAAUCAGUAUUAAAAUGGAACUCGUACGACACCAUCGAUUUACUCAGCGAUGAUAUCGAGGAUGAAAUCGACACCAUCGACGAAAUUCUAAUUUCGCCCUUUGUCUAUCCCUUGAAAUACCAGCUCGAGUUAACGCCAAUAAUUAAUAUAAAUGGUCCAUCGAGGCUAAAUGGUCACGUAGCUAUCGAGUUUUACGUAAACGACACGACAGGUUUAACCAUACUGUCUUUAAACGCGAAGAACAUUACAGUGUCGAACUAUAAACUGUCGUUGUUAAAUCCGGAAGAGGAUAAGACUCGAUUACGAAGGAGACAACGAAGGAGAGCCGACGGUGAAACUAAUUACCAAAGACACCACGACGAUACAACGCUUGAACGCGACGUUACGUUUACCCCGACGGAAAAUGAGACAUUUUUGUACAAACAAGAUGCUGAAUAUCCAUUGGAAAACGUAUCUUUCGUUGAAGCUUCGAAAGGAUCCUCUGCGAAGCAUAGCUCGUUCAAUAAAACUGAGAUUAAUUUGUCGGAAAUAGAGGUUACACGAUACGAAACGGACGAGAAUAACGAAAUUCACACACUUUACCUGGGGAGUCCGAUUCAGGAAGGAAUUUAUUCGUUGGAAAUUGCUUAUGAAGCGGGGAUCGACGAUAAUGCAUUUUUUGUUGCAAAUUAUAGCGGGUCUGGCGAAGAAAAGUGGCUGCUGGGGACGAAACUGAAACGCUCCGAUGCUCGGUACCUAUUCCCAGUUUUUGAAGAUGCAGAUUACAAGUCAGUUUUCUCCGUAUCCAUAGCAAGGUCUACAGAAAUGAGAGCUCUCUCGAAUAUGCCACUUAUGGUUACGAACGAUACGUACGUAAUUCAUCUCUUGUUUUCUUCGUAAGAUGUAUUUUUUAAUUACACCGAACGCCUCUGCAAAUCAAAUUGUUAAACAGUUUUCAUUUUUUUCACUUGUCUUGCAUAGCACGAGUUCAGUUAGAAUAUAACAUUAUAUUAUUCAGGACACUAUAGUGGAACUGUAUAUUAUUGAAAACUUUGAAGAAUUUUGAACAUUCCGAAUGAUGUAAAUUUGAAUUUAAGUUUGAUGUAUUCGACGAAUGUCAAGACUUUUUAUUGUUAUUUAUUGCUAUAUUUAUUGUUAUAAACUGUAUUUUCAUUUUUAGAGACUAUUUAAUCAAAAUCUACUUCAAUACUUAAAACUUAAAUAAAUAAAAAUCUGUAUCUAUUCUGAACUUUUUUUACAUUAACUUUUAAUUUAACGAAUGAAGUAUUAUUAUUGGAAUUUAGCGGACAUUACGGUUUCCUUUCUCUUGUUCCAAUACAUUAUUUUUUCAAAUUUAGACUCUUUUAUCGGUUCUCCUGUACAUCGAGGUACAUUUUUAUUAAAUAAUCUCUAAAUAUGAAAAUUCUAUGGACACAUGUUCAAAAACAAUUAUUAUUCACCUUGCAAUCAGACUUGAGGUGUCGAGAAACCAGUUUUUUUCCUAAUUGGGAAGCCUCGGGAGUGUCACAAAAAAAUACAUCAAACCCGAUGUCAAGCUAAUUUUAAAGUGGCAAGUCGAUUUUUGUUGAAAAAUGUCGAUUUUCAACUAAAAACGCACGCUUUUCUGCAUUCCACGUCAUUUUCUCCCUAAAAUAUCAUCGUAUAAUUUUUGUUGACAAUAUUAUUCUUCAAACUUCGAGGAAGUUUUUCUCGGAGAGUGCCCGCCAAACAACUAUGUAUUUGAAACCGAAAAACGGAUAGAGAAAAGUCAAAUUUUUUGAAAUUGUCACAAUGUAAAGUUUGACCUAAAAAUCUGCAUAACCAAUUUUGGUUUUGCAUCAGAGAGGUGGGAAAUUUAACGCUUUUUCAAAUGGUAUACAUAUUUUUAAGUUUGCACUGAAAUUUGGUGGAGUUAUGGCCGUUUAAAAAGAGUGUCAAGUCGGAAACACAGAAAAAAUAUUAAAAGUGAAAAUACUCGAGAAUAAGGCGACACAAAGAAAGUGCCUAAGAGUAAUUUUUUGUUGAAAAUUGUUGUAGAAUUGGCAUCCUGCGUAUGUCCGAACUUGUACGCAGACACCCUGUAUAUGUCGAAAUCUAGUAACAAAACGAAAAAUUGAUUUGACGAAUUUAAAUUUGGGCGGGGCGCUUUAAACUACGAGCGAGACCCUGGCAGUAGUAUACUCCGUAGGACUUCCACCAAAAUCGUCCCGCGGUCAAAGGGUUAA